GACUGGGUUCUGGCUCCGACCGGGUACUCAGCGUAUUACUGUCAUGGAGAGUGUAUUUAUCCUCUGGGCUCCUGCAUGAACGCCACCAACCACGCCCUCAUCCAGCUGGUGGUCCACCUACUGAAGCCGGAGGAGGUUCCGUCGGCCUGCUGCGCCCCCACCAAGCUCAGCUCCAUCUCCGUGCUCUUCUACGACGACAACAACAACGUGAUCCUCAAAAAGCACCGCAACAUGGUGGUGAAGACCUGCGGCUGCUUGUGAGACGGACCGGGUCGCACCAGAACCGCAAGUUUAUCUGAUGCUGCUCCAGAAACAAAACAACCUUUUUUUUUAUUCAAACUUAAGAUGAAAACUUUCUCCUGAUAGUUUAACUCAGUUUCAGAC